CCAGGACGCCUCAGCCACGGUGUCCCAGGAGCCUACGGAGCCAGUGGAGCCAGUGGAGCCAGCGGAGCCAGCGGAGCCUACGGAGCCAGUGGAGCCAGAGAAGCCUGCGGAGCCGAGCGAAGCGAGCGACGGGCAGUCCUUCAUCGGGCCAGAGAGCGUGGGCUCCGCGGGAUUCGAGGAGGCGGCAUUGCUGCAGGCGGCUGUGGGCGCAGACAUCCUGGAGGAGGUGUCGGACGCACCCUCUGGCGCACACUCCGCCCGCACUGCGGCCAGCUGGGAGGAGCGUCUUCUGGCCGAAGUCGCCGGAGAUCUACUGCCGGCGCCGGAGGCGCCCUCUCGCGCCCAUUCUGCUCGCACUGCGGCCAGCUGGGAGGAGCGCGUCAUGUUAGACGUGGCUGGCGAUCUUUUGACGUCUGACCACGCCAAGCUCAUGGCGCUGAUCGAGGACUUGCAGCGCAGGCCCCUUCAGCAGCCUCAGGCAGAGCUGCGGAUCUUGGGGGGACACCAGGCAGAGCCUGAGCCCUGCGAUGCCAGCGUCCAGAUCUUCAAGUCGGCCCCUCCGAAGCCGUUGCCGGACUCGGCCAAGCCGAAGUUGUUGCCGCCGGAGCCAGCCAAGAAGCCUGAGAUGCGGGUCUGUGUCCCGACCUCCCCGGGGCCUCCACCGCGGAUCGCUGCGGUGAAGGCUGAGUCCGACUCCAGUGGAGCUGAGCCCACCAUGGUGCCUGGCCAGCCUGCGCUGCUGCAGGCCAUAGGAAGUUCACGGCUGCACUUGCCGCUGGAUCCCUGCGACUUGCUGCCGGAGGAUCAGGCCUCCCUGGUGGCGACGCCCUCCCAAGGCGACCCCUCGGAGGUCAGCGCUGCGAAUUCCUCCCCGCAGAGCUUGGCGGACCGCAUCGCCGAGAAGGCUGUGCGCUAUGCAGAGGCGGCAGCCAAGGAGGAGAUGAAUUACCUGCAAAUGGUCGCCAAGGCCUUGGCGGAGGAUGUCGCAGCCACCGAGGUGCCCGAGGAGAUUGACGUGGCAGCCAUCGCAGCCCAGGCGCUAGCAAAGGAUGUGAUGUCCAAGGAAGUGGAGGAAGAAGUUGACGUAGCAGCGAUUGCAGCCCAGGCGCUAGCAAAGGAUGUGAUGUCCAAGGAAGUGGAGGAAGAAGUUGACGUAGCAGCGAUUGCAGCCCAGGCGCUAGCAAAGGAUGUGAUGUCCAAGGAAGUGGAGGAAGAGAUUGACGCAGCAGCCAUCGCAGCCCAGGCUCUGGCAACGGACGUGAUGGCCAAGGAAGUGGAGGAGGAGCUCGACCUUGCUGCCGUGGCAGCUGAGGCUCUGGCCAAGGAUGUGAUGUCCAAAGAGGUGGAGGAGCCGUACGUCAUGUCCAUCGCCAUCCAGGCUUUGGCGCAGUUCGUGAUGUCGACGAAGGAUGACUCGGAUGCCACGGCCAUCGCUGUGAAGGCUUUGGCGCAGGAUGUCAUGUCCCAGCAGGAUGAUGCAAUCCUGGCAGCCCAGGCGCUGGUUGGCUUUGCGGAUACGGUGGCUCAGCAGCAGGAACAGGAGGCAACCCACGUUGCGUCCAAGGCACUGGUUGGCUUCGCGGAGACGGUGGCUCAGCAGCAGGAGGCGAAAAACGUUGCGUCCAAGGCGCUGCUUGGCUUUUCGGAGACGGUGGCUCAGCAGCAGGAACAGGAGGCAACCAACAUCGCGUCCAAGGCGCUGGUUGGCUUUGCAUCGGCAGUGGCUCAGCAGCAGGAGGAGGAUGCAAAAUUUGUCGCGUCCAAGGCCCUGGCUGACUUUGCAGUGGCAGUGUCCAAGCAGCAGGAGGAGGAUGCGAAAUCCGUCGCGUCCAAGGCUCUGGUUGGUUUUGCGGAGACGGUGGCUCAGCAGCAGGAACAGGAGGCAACCAACGUCGCGUCCAAGGCGCUGGUUGGUUUUGCGGAGACGGUGGCUCAUCAGCAGGAACAGGAGGCAACCAACGUCGCGUCGAAGGCGCUGGUUGGCUUUGCGGAGACGGUGGCUCAGCAGCAGGAAGAGGCCACCAACGCCGCAUCCAAGGCCCUGGCGCAGUACGUCACCUUCCAGCUGCAACGCGAGGCCGAGACCUCCAUCGCGGAGGCGCUGGCGCUGCAUGCCAAGCAGGCAGACGACCUCGCCGUGGCUUCCAAGGCGCUGGCACAGUUCGUGACUUCUCGCGUGGAGGAGGCGGACAUCCGGGAAGCCUCGCAGGCUCUCUUGCACUUCGUGCUCUCGGCGCAAGAGGAUCAGGAGGUGGAUUUGUCGGCUGUGGCGUGCAAGGCCCUGGCGCAGUACGUCCUCGCGGAGCCGAAGGAGGAGGUGGAUAUCGCAGCCAUCGCAUCUAAGGCGCUGGCGCGGGAUGUGAUGGCGCAGGAGGACAAGAUGGCGACCGCCUCCAAGGCGCUGGCGCAGUACGUCCUUGAGAUGCAGGACGAGGAGGACCUCAACACUGUCGUGGCCAAGGCGCUGGCGCAGUAUGUCGUGGCCAAGGCCGAUGAUGAUGCCACGCUCGCAGCGUCCAAGGCUUUGGCACAGUUCGCCGCCUCCAGAGUUCAGGUGGACAUCACCGCCUUGGCCGCAAAGGCCCUUGCUGCCGAUGUCGUGAAGGAAGAGGAGGAGGCACCGGACCUGAUCGCCAUAGCAUCUGAGGCCUUGGCGCAGGACGUCUUGUCCAAAGAGGUCGAGGAGGAGCCAAAGGAGGUCACGCUGCGGCCGCAGGUGCCGCAACCGGAGCCGGAAGAAGAGCCAGAAAAUCCAGAGGAAGAGGAGGUGUUCCGGCCACCAUCCUCGGUUGUGCGACACCCUGUGGGAUCAGGAGCCGCUGUCGCGCUGAACAAGCGACUCUACGAGCGCAGCGUUCCAGGCUUGUUGAAGCUACACGAGCUCGAGAACCGCGAGCUGCAGGCGCUGCUGCAGCGGAAGUUCCGCAGCCCGGUGCCCGGCACGAAGCUCACGGUCUCGAACAGCUUGCCGUCUCUCGCCUUGGAUCCCAAGAAGGCGUCGGAUGAGACGAAGCGCCUGCUUCGGUUAAAUUACCACAGGGUGACUGGCACGCCCAACGUCUACGAGGUGCACCGGCACAAGCCCGCCAUGGACGUGGACCUUCCGGGGGAGGACCAUCUGAUGCACCAUGACCCCGAGAUGCAGGAGAAGCGCUUCCUGCGGCAGCGCGUCACCUACCAAGCGGUGCCGGGCAAGUACGAGAACCCCCCUGCGAACCGCAAGGCCCAGGCGGUCUCACCAAAGGGCAUCUCCAAGAGGCCCACAACUCAAAGUUCACCGCUGCUGCCGCCGGCUGAGCGCGGCGGCGAGAAACGGCCUCCGAAGCUGAGGCCGGUGUCAAAAGGCCCCGACAUGCUGCGAAUGCUGGCAGACGGAGCACUCCCAUCCCGGAUUUUCCGGCCCAUGUGAGGGCCAUUGGGGGUUUCGGCGCCUUGCGGCGUCGGGGAUGGUUUUAGUGGCGAAAGUCUCACAGGCCCAACCCUUCAAACGGCGCAACAAGAGCCAGCCUUUUGGAUGGAUUCUGUGAGGUUUCUUUGUCGCGUUUUCUUCGGUUGUUGGGCCUUUAGUAGGAUGCAGCCGCCUUAGGUUUGUCAAUGACUGCAUCCAGCAUCCAAGUGAAGAACCCGCUCCCGUUUAG